AUGGUUGGAAGCAAGCGCACGAGGAGCAAAACUGCCGCGAUGACUAAAUCCGUGACGACCCAAUGCCACUCCACCCACGAUCCCGCGAUCGACAUGGUGGCACCACCACCUCUCACCACCGUGCCACCUACCAGACCCGCAGUCGGAUCUAGCAACCUUCGUGGCACCGCCACCGAGCAUGAUGGAACCUCCCAUCAAGGUGGGCUCGUUACCACCACUGACUUAGGCCCGGUCUUGGAGCAACUUCAAGCAUUCCCUCCAUUGCCUCCACGCUCGACGCAUGCUCCUGCAUACAGAUCCAAUGAAACCCUAGCCCAUGUGCAAUUGGGCUCCACACACUUCUCUUCUCCCAAUCCACGAAGUCAAGCAGAUCUUAAUAUGAUAGUUGACCAGCUAGCUCAAAGGAUGGACGACCAAACCAAUCUGAUGAGGCAGCUCCUCCACCAAAUAAACUUGGUUCAAAACCUUGACCUUGGACAACCGGGCGAAGAGAGAAUGAUGGAUGAACGCACCUAUCGGCAGCUCGAUGGGUACCAAGCAGGUCGAGCAGGAAUGGGCAGACAAGGAGAGGGACAACAACGUGAUCAACUUGCCGGCAUGUCACAAGCAUCUGCAAGCCACACACAAAGCAACGUACGAGAAAGACUCGGCCCACGACUUGACGUUUGCGCUUGCCUGGGCCCAAAGGCGCUCCGCUACUCGCUCGCAGAGAAAUAUUCACGAAAGGCUAGGCCCCAAGGAGGUCAACUUGGUAACCCGCACAAUGAGGACCGUGAAGAAAGGCACUCCACUAACCGCUCUCGAAGAACCAAUUCUCAUCGCCAAGUUACAGAAAAUCCCUCGCAAGCACGGUCCACCAACACGCCGCCUAGGCAGCGCAACCUAGAAGAUCAACCCUUGCAAACCAACGAGGAAGUUACUCGGUCUUGCCCAAAUCGUAAAGGUCAUCAACGUGACCGACUAGCCAUGUGUGCGGAAGACGUUGAGAAGCUUGUGAAUAACCGACUUCAAGACUUAAAGAUUGGUGGAAAUUUCGAAGAUGCACUACGUGUUGAGGUAGACCGAGCAAACUCAUCACCUUUCACCGUCGAAAUUGAGCAGGCUGCUCCCCCGAAACGAUUCUCAACGCCCUUUUUUACAUGCUUCAAAGGCGAUUCCGAUCCUGAAAGCCAUCUGAAGCAUUUUAAGAGCCUUAUGAUCCUCUACAAAGCCGAAGACGUGCUAAUGUGCAAGGUGUUUGCAAUGACUUUGCAAAGAGCAGCUCAGGACUGGUUCCACACCCUGCUAUUUGGGUCGAUCAGCAGCUUCAAGGAGCUUGCUUAUGUCUUCACUAAAGAAUACACUUCUUAUCGGUCAAUCAAGAAGAAUCCUGACCAUCUGUUCAACCUGCACAAGAAGUCCAAUGAAUCCCUGCGAGACUACAUCAAGAGGUUCAAAGCGGAGAGGGCAAACAUUGUAGGAUGUGAUGACCAAAUUGCGUUCUCUGCCUUCAAGAGGGGGUUGCCAACUGAAUGUGAGCUGUAUCGCGAGCUGACCAUUUAUCCUCGCCAAACACUGGUAGAAGUCUUCGCUAUAGCAGAGCGCUACGCAUUAUGGGACGACAACCGGAUCGCCACGAAGAAGGCUGAUCAAGUAGCUGAGCAGGCAAGCCAAGAGAACGGCAAGCGCAGAUCACAGUCUCAGGAAGGUGUUUCAGCAGCAGAGAGCUACACCAAGUUCACUAUCCCGAUACACCAGAUCCUGGCCCAAGUAAAAGACAUGCCUUGGUUGAAGAAACCAUCGCUUUUAAAGGGAAACCCAACCAAGAAGGAUACCAAUAGAUACUGCACAUUCCAUGAAGGGCAUGGUCAUUACACAAACGACUGCUUCGCUUGGAAAAGGCACCUUGAAGAUCUAGUCAGAGACGGCCAUUGCACAGAAUUCAUCGCAAGGAGGGCUAUCCAGCAAAUCAAGGAUUGUGACGCAGCUAACGAUGAACCUCCACGAAAAAGGUCAUAUGGAUCAACACGAUCCUAG